UAAUCUGUAAAUGAACAAUGUGUAGUGGCUUGAGAAGACUGGUGAUGUUCAGAUUUUGCUGCCGCAGCACCUAAGCCUUUAUAGUGUAAUUAUAGCCAUCUCCCUCCGGAAGCACGUUACCAGAUGCCUUAUCUCUCACUGCUCUUGUUCAAAAGACAGAACCAUUCCUGUUAAUCAGGCCAGUGAAGGCAGUUGGCUGAGGUUGGGGAUUUGGGGGGGGGUGGUUUUGACACAAAGCGAUGGAAGUAAAAAGUAGCCGACCAGAAACCAACUUGGGGUUGCUUCCCCCCAGCCUCUGAAACACUGCAGAAUAGUUUGCUGCAAAAGAAUAGCAUUUUUGUGGUUUGGAAAAAAAAAAAAAAAGGUACAAAUUAGAAAUAGAAAAAUUAGUUUGAAAUAAGUGAAUCAUUUACCCAAAUGGAACAGAAUAAAUGUAGUGAAAACAAGGAGCCAGGGGAAAAGGAUGUUUGGCUCCCCUGCUAAAAUGUUUUGGGAUAGCUCUUUUUAAUUUGUAUGCACAAUUUCUAAGUCUGUAAACUCAAUGCGCAUCUUUAGAAAGUAAAAAGCUAAAAGACAUAGCUAAAAAUAACACCACUAAUGUGAGAAAAAUCUAGAGCAAGAACAUGUGUUUUUUGUUUUGUUUAGACAAAAUAAGCAUUUAAGAAAAACCCUCAGAGAAUGAGGAAUAUUUUAAAGACUUAAAAAAUUUUGGCAUUUUAUACAUGAAAGGUACAGAAUUUAUGAGGUUGAACUCAGGUCCAGAGAUUACACAAAUAGUUCAAGUUUACGAGUUUAUAAAACUCACUGGAAGCUAAGCCUAGAAGAAACUUCAAGAUGUUAACAGUGGAAAUUGUCCUGGUCAGGAUAGAGCCCCAGGUCUGCUACUUGAGAGAUCUAUUCAGUGGCCCAGAGUCCUGCUGGCUCUUACAGUUGGGCUAUACUUACACUUGAGUUAUUAUGAAUAGCAUAUAAAAUAUGUGUGAAAUUACUGCAGCAGCUGUCCUUGAUUCUUUUCAUUCCUGAUGCAAGUUUUUUCCUCAUACCCUGUUACCUCCCUUCUUAGUGUGGCUUAGUGUUUUAUAUUUUCUUUUCUAAUGAAUAUUGCAUGUAUGUUACAAGUUAUCUCAUUGCUUGCCAGUUUUAUUUUGGAUUUGACAGCUUCCAUAUUUCAGGAAACUUAGAAUCAUUAGUCAGAAUCACUUAGAAAACAAUGAUAAGGGGAUGGUGGUUUGUUCCCACUUUGCCUGGGAAAAAACGUGCAGUAGUUGCAAAUGAAAGAGAAAAGAAAGAAGACGAUAGAAGGAGCUGUUUUAUGGAUAUAUAGUCUGUGGCCAUGUGGUCUUACGGUCGUGGCUCUUCCACAUCAUGCCAACAUCCAAUCAAUCAUGGCCUCUGAGAAGCAAGUGAACAUCCUGAUGAAGUUGCUGGAUGAGGCUCUAAAGGAGGUAGAUCAGAUUGAGUUGAAACUGAGCAGUUACGAGGAAAUGCUCCAAAGUGUAAAAGAACAAAUGGAUCAGAUCUCUGAAAGCAACCACCUAAUUCAUCUCAGUAACACUAAUAAUGUAAAACUCCUGUCUGAAAUAGAAUUUCUUGUGAACCACAUGGACUUGGCCAAAGGUCAUAUAAAGGCCCUUCAGGAGGGUGAUCUUGCUUCUUCUAGAGGCAUUGAGGCUUGCACCAAUGCCGCUGAUGCCCUUCUGCAGUGCAUGAAUGUAGCUCUUCGUCCAGGCCAUGACAUGCUCUUGGCAGUGAAACAGCAGCAGCAGCGUUUCAGUGAUUUGCGAGAACAGUUUGCACGGAGACUGGCCAGUCACCUCAACAAUGUUUUUGUUCAACAGUUUACUCAGGCCCUCCUUCAGCUCUAUAACAGGUCCUACUUUCUUUCGGUGCCUGGUCAUGAUCAGAGUUCAACUCUUGCUCAGCACUCUGUUGAACUGGCUUUACCCAAUCAUCAUCCGUUUCAUAGAGACUUGCUUCGAUAUGCCAAGCUGAUGGAGUGGCUAAAGAGUACAGAUUAUGGAAAAUAUGAGGGACUAACAAAGAAUUACAUGGAUUAUUUAUCACGACUAUAUGAGAGAGAAAUUAAAGAUUUCUUUGAAGUUGCAAAGAUCAAGAUGACUGGCACAACUAAAGAAAGCAAGAAGUUUGCUACACUGCCUCGAAAAGAAAGUGCUGUCAAACAGGAAACAGAGAGUCUUCAUGGAAGUUCUGGGAAAUUAACUGGAUCUACUUCUAGUCUAAAUAAACUCAGCGUUCAGAGUUCAGGGAAUCGCAGAUCUCAGUCAUCUUCUUUGUUGGAUAUGGGAAACAUGUCUGCCUCUGAUCUCGAUGUUGCCGACAGGACCAAAUUUGAUAAGAUCUUUGAACAGGUGUUAAGUGAACUGGAGCCCUUGUGUCUGGCAGAACAGGACUUCAUAAGUAAAUUUUUCAAACUACAGCAACAUCAAAGUAUGCCUGGAACUAUGACUGAAGCAGAGGACCUAGACGGAGGAACAUUUUCCCGGCAACAUAAUGCUGGCGUGCCACCACCUGUCUCAUCUGAGAAAGAUAUGAUCCGUCAGAUGAUGAUUAAAAUAUUUCGCUGCAUCGAGCCAGAACUGAACAACCUAAUUGCAUUAGGAGACAAAAUUGAUAGCUUUAACUCCCUUUACAUGCUUGUCAAAAUGAGUCAUCAUGUGUGGACUGCACAGAAUGUGGACCCUGCUUCUUUUCUGAGUACUACAUUGGGAAAUGUUUUGGUGACUGUCAAAAGGAACUUUGACAAAUGCAUUAGUAACCAAAUAAGGCAAAUGGAAGAAGUAAAAAUCUCAAAGAAGAGUAAAGUAGGAAUUCUUCCGUUUGUUGCUGAAUUUGAAGAAUUUGCUGGACUCGCAGAAUCAAUCUUUAAAAAUGCUGAGCGUCGUGGAGAUCUAGAUAAAGCAUAUACUAAACUUAUCAGAGGAGUAUUUGUUAAUGUGGAGAAAGUAGCAAAUGAAAGCCAGAAGACCCCCAGGGAUGUAGUUAUGAUGGAAAAUUUUCACCAUAUUUUUGCAACACUUUCUCGUUUGAAAAUCUCAUGUCUAGAAGCUGAAAAAAAAGAAGCCAAACAAAAAUACACAGAUCACCUUCAGUCUUAUGUCAUUUACUCUUUAGGACAACCUCUUGAAAAACUAAAUCAUUUCUUUGAAGGUGUGGAAGCUCGAGUAGCACAGGGUAUAAGAGAGGAGGAAGUAAGCUAUCAACUUGCAUUUAACAAACAAGAACUACGUAAAGUCAUUAAAGAGUAUCCUGGAAAGGAAGUGAAAAAAGGUCUAGAUAACCUCUACAAGAAGGUUGAUAAACAUUUAUGCGAAGAGGAAAACUUACUUCAGGUUGUGUGGCACUCUAUGCAAGAUGAGUUUAUACGUCAGUACAAGCACUUUGAAGGCUUGAUAGCUCGCUGUUAUCCUGGAUCUGGUGUUACAAUGGAAUUCACUAUUCAGGACAUUCUAGAUUAUUGUUCCAGCAUUGCACAGUCCCACUAAAAAAGAAGAGAUAGAUGAAAGAAGUGUCUACUGUUUUAUGUAUAUACAUAUAUACAUGUAUAUAUAUAUGAAAAGGAAAGCAAAGAUUUAGGUGCUAGGGAGCCCCCGUUGCUUUAAGUCAACAGAGUGAGUAGGAGGAAUGGUUAUAUACAACUUUCCUUAUCUGUGUAACUAAUAACAUGAGACCUAGCUGUUGGAGGUGGUCACUUGGCCACAUGUGCUAACAGGCAUUGAAAGGAAAAAGAGCAAAUUCAGUGUCCCAGAAAGUGACAAAACCAUACUUUUGACAAGUUUACUUAAUCCAUUGUGGUAGAAAAGGUACAACUCCAAUAAAUGUAUCAUUUAAAUGUUUAAAAAUUUUAAAAACUUCUGAAAGAAGAAAAGAUAAAUGAAAAAAGCACUCUGAGUACACCAGACAUUAUUCAAAAUUGUCAAGUAACUGUUUUGAGAACCCAGACUUAAAACUUUAUGUAAUUUUAAAUGUCAGAUAAAUGGGUAAUACCAUACUACAAAUAUUCAAGAGCAAAAGUACCAAUUUAUGUAGCAGUUUUAUUUGCCCAAUAGGUUGUGAACUAACUUAAAACAUUUCUCUCAUCAUAAAAUGCCUUUAGCAUUUUUCUAUGACCGAACAAAGUUUUCUUUUAUUGCCUAGUUUCUUGUAUUUGACAAUGGUUAUCCUAUGUGUAAGGCAUUGGGAGUUCUUCAGUUUUCACUAAUUCACUACUGCCUACAAAUCAUGUAACUACUAAAAUAUUGUACAGAAUUUUUUGUCCUCUAACUAAUGUGUAUAUGGAUAAAGGAUCUUGUGAUGAUCAGUUGUAAACUUAGAUUUUGAGAAUUAUGUGACUGUGUGUGGCAAUGAAUUUGAAAUAAAGAAAUUCUCAAAAAAAAA